AUGGAAUAUUUGUCAAGAAGGUUAUCUCUUCUUAAAGAUGACAGUAUGUUCAAGUUCCAUCCAAAUUGCUCUAGAUUGAAGAUAACACAUCUAAUUUUCGCUGAUGACCUAUUAUUGUUUGGAAAGGCUGAUUUUAGCGUUAUUUUUGGGAUUCAAUCUUUUUGGGUUAGCAAUUAUAUAUUGCCGAUAAAAGUUCUUGAAAGAAUUGAUAAACUUUGCUCCUCUUUCCUUUGGGGUCAAAAAAUCCAUCUGAUCUCCUGGAACACAGUUUGUUUAGGAAGGAUGCAAGGUGGCUUAGGCCUUUUUUCGGCAAAGGAGUGGAAUAAUGCAGCAGCUAUUAAACUUCUUUGGUUGAUACAUCAGAAAAAAGACCUGUUAUGGGUCAAAUGGGUGCACGGUCAUUAUUUACAACACUCAAAUAUUUGGCAAGUUCAACAUAGGAGCAAUGAUUCUUGGAUGUGGAAGCAACUUCUCAAAGUUAGAAACAUGUUGUUAGCUAAGUUUGGCAAUACUGAAGUAUUGAUGAGCUCAAUGGAUUCUUGUUGUGUCAAUGGAAAAAUCAGUAUGUCAGCAAUCUACAAUGCCCUGUACCAAUCUAAUACCUCAGCAGUAUGGGCAGAAACUACAUGGGGGAGACUGAAUUACCCUAAACAUUCCUUCAUCCUCUGGUUAGUUAACCACUCAAGGCUCCUUACCCAGGAGAGAUUGUGUAGGCUGAGAUUAUUAGAUGCAAAUCUAUGUGUUCUGUGUUCCAGUCAGCCUGAAAAUUGUAAGCAUCUCUUCUUCGAAUGCCACUACUCAGCUGCUGUCUGGAACAUGUUGAUGGACUGGUUGAGAUUCACUUGGAGAACUUGUAACUGGUGCUUGCUCAUCCACUGGUACUCUCACAACUUGAGAGGUAAGAACUUUAAGAAGAAUAUGAAAAGAAUGGCUCUUGCUGCUGCUGUCUAUUCUAUUUGGCAAGAGAGGAAUUAUAGAAUUUUUCAAGCAAAAGCGAGGGGGCCUGCUGAUCUCUUUCGAGCAAUUAAGUAUUCCAUAUAUUCCAAAUUACUAAAUGAGGAUAUACCUGUACAUAUGAAGGAUGAACUUGUGAAGUUGUAG